UAUAAUUGUUCAUAAUGAUCGAGAUAACAAAAAAUCUUAAAUUCUGUCUUGGAUUUCUGAUAGUAGGAUUUCUGAUUCACUUUGCUGCUUUCGCUAUGCCUUUUUGGAACUUCUUUGAGGAAAACGACUUGAUGGGAACACAAUCUUUUAGACUAAUAAGUAUAGGCCUAUGGCAAGCUUGUUUUAAAAUGGGAGGCAAAUACUGGUGCCAAGGAUACACAGCGUACAGUGGUUUUGCAGUAGUCCGGUUAUUUGAGUGUUUAUCAUUAGUUGGAUAUGUAACCAGUAUAGUGUUGUUUAUAGUAUAUCACCAGUUUCCAGUGUAUGGCACCAGGAUAUUUAUUGCUAACGUAGCAGCAAUUGUUACAACAGUUGUGACAUCUGUUCUUGGUAUUCUAUGCUGGGCGACUGGAUGUGGAACAACUGUGCAGCAUAACUUGUCACUAUCAUUCGCUCUAGUAGUUAUUUCGCUGAUAUUCCCAAUAUUAUCUGUUUGGUGUCUUGUGAUAGAACGAAUCACCCAAGUAGAGAAAAUACGAAGAAACAGUUUAGCACAAUCAGAAAAAACUAUAGAUUUGAUUUAAUAAACUCAUGUGCGCAAGAUUUGUAAAAAAAAUGCUUUUGAAAAGUUCGCAGUUUAUAAUUUAAUCAACCAUCCAAUAUAAUUGUUUUACUGUAACGAAGGUUCGAGAUACUUGUAUCAACUUUACUUUACAUUGUACAUGCAUGGUAUCGUCACGUAUAAUUUUCAUGUAAUAAUGUAUAAUCAUAUCAUAUUGACUGACAAAGAAGAAGGUUUGACGAGGUCUAACUCUGAAAUUUUGUUUCUUAAUUGUUUAAACACCAGCAACAGUAAAAUAAUUUGAUAUAUUCAAUGAUGGGUGCUCAAUUUCCAUAGAUGAGCAGAUUCAAGACAGCAGUAUCUUGUGUAGACUAGCACUAGAAGACAAUUAAUGACGAAAACGAGCAGAAAUUUUUGCCGAACAUCAGUCCACCAAUUAAUAAAAAAUAUUAGC